AGGAAGCUUUGCUGUAGAUGGGAAGAUAAAGCUCAAAAGCACCUACGCUGCCUCUUGAACAUUUUUUUUUUUUUUAAUUAACUGUCUUCUUUCUCGUAUUUCUUUCUUUGACAGGGCACACAGCACAGACUCCCCAUGUCCUGGGAGACAAAUAUUCUUGGCUCAGCCAUGAAUAACUGUGUGCUCCUGGAGGAACUGCUGAUCAAGAAAUCCCAGCAGAAGAGAAGGACUUCACCCUCCAACUUCAAAGUGCGCUUCUUUGUCCUGACCAAAUCCAAGCUGGCUUACUACGAACAUCGCCACGGGAAAAAAAGGACUUUGAAGGGUUGUGUGGAACUUUCCAGGAUUAAAUGUGUGGAAAUUGUGAAAAGUGACAUCAUCAUUCCCUGUCAGUACAAAUACCCUUUCCAGAUUGUCCACGACAACUACAUCCUCUACGUGUUUGCCCCCAACCGCGAGAGCCGGCAGAGAUGGGUCCUCACGCUGAAGGAAGAAACCAGAUACAACAACAGUUUGGCUUCAAAGUGUCAUCCAGACUUUUGGUUAGAUGGCAAGUGGAGAUGCUGUGCUCAGACAGAGAAGAUGGCAGUUGGCUGUGUGGUAUAUGACCCCACCAAAAGCGCCUCAAAGAAACCUCUUCCUCCAACUCCUGAAGAUAACAGGAAAUUGUUGCUGGACCCAAAGGAAGCUGUGGUUAUUGCCAUAUAUGACUAUGAAGCCCAGAACCCACAAGAGCUGACAUUACAAUAUAAUGAGGAAUAUUAUGUGAUUGACAGCUCUGAGGAACAUUGGUGGCUGAUUCAAGAUAAGAAUGGGCAUGAAGGCUACGUGCCAAGCAGCUACCUGGUGGAAAAAUCACCCGAGAAUCUGCAAGUUUAUGAGUGGUACAAUAAGAACAUCAGCAGAAGCAAAGCAGAAACACUGCUCAGGGAUGAGGGUAGAGAAGGGGCCUUCAUGGUGAGAGAUUCGAGGCAGCCUGGCAUGUACACAGUCUCUGUUUUCACCAAAGCACUAAGCACAGACAACAAUCCUGUUAUAAAGCAUUAUCACAUCAAUGAGACAACUGACUUUCCCAAGCGGUACUACCUGGCAGAAAAGCACGUGUUUGACUCCAUCCCUGACCUCAUCAACUACCACCAGCACAAUGCAGCAGGUCUCGUGACACGGCUGCGGUACGCGGUCUCUUCCUGGAGGAAACAGGCUCCCAUCACCGCAGGGCUCAGCUACGGAAAAUUGGUCAUUAAUGCCUGUGAGCUCACCCGUGUGCAGGAGAUUGGCAGUGGUCAGUUUGGGGUGGUCUACCUUGGCUACUUGCUGGGCAAGACCAAAGUAGCCAUAAAGACCAUCCGUGAAGGAGCAAUGUCUGAGGAGGAUUUCAUCGAGGAAGCCAAAGUCUUGAUGAAGCUGUCUCACCCCAAGCUAGUCCAGCUUUAUGGUGUGUGCUUUGAGGAUGCUCCCAUCUGCCUGGUGUUCGAGUUCAUGGAGAAUGGCUGCUUGUCCGACUACCUCAGGAGCCAGCGGGGCAGCUUCUCCAAGGAAACCCUGCUGGGGAUGUGCCUGGAUGUGUGUGAAGGAAUGGCUUAUCUGGAGCAAAACUCUGUCAUCCACAGAGACCUGGCUGCCAGGAACUGCCUGGUGGGGGAAUCCCACGUGGUCAAAGUGUCCGACUUUGGGAUGUCGAGGAUUGUCCUGGAUGAUCAGUACACCAGCUCCACAGGUACCAAGUUUCCAGUCAAGUGGUCUGCCCCAGAGGUUUUCUCCUACAGCAACUAUAGCACCAAAUCUGACGUUUGGUCAUUCGGAGUGCUGAUGUGGGAGGUCUUCAGUGAAGGUAAAAUCCCCUAUGAGAAUCGCACCAAUGCAGAAGUGGUGGAAGAAAUCAACGCAGGAUUUCGGCUCUACAAACCCAAGCUGGCCUCCAAGACCAUUUAUGAGGUGAUGAGCCACUGCUGGAGGAUGGGGAAAGAUGAGCGGCCAUCCUUCUCUCUUCUGCUGUUUCAGCUGAGUGAAAUCUCUGAGUUUGAUGUGUAAUCAUGGCACUGUGUGCUCAGCACAGCUGAGUGUCCUGAGAAGAGAGAAGGCUGGAUUUUCCCCAGCACAGCAUUAACAGGAAUCCUCUCACCAUAAACAUCUGCCGUAUGCCUGGGGAGAAGGAGAGGCCAGAGGCUGGUACUUCCAGACAAACAAGAUAUCCCCAGGUCUUCCAGAGCUUAGACAGACACAGGCUUUGGUUUGGCCAAGAGUGUGGCUUGCAUCUUAAAACCAGAAGUGACUAUUGAGCAUGGAGUCCUGAACCACACAGUCCAGCAAGGGUGUUUCUCCCGAAGAAACAGCCUCAAAAUUAAGAGAUCUGACAUUGCUGUUCUACUUCUGUGAACUCCCAAAUGAAAGUCUUCCCUGGAGGAAGAUUAAAAAAAAAAGCUUUCUUUAAGUGAGCAGGAAUGUUUAGACAUUUCCCUGGAUCUCUAAUUCAGAGUGGGCUGGACCUGAAAGCUCUGAACAGGAAUAAGCCUGGGAGACACAGGCUGGAUUCAGUGGCUGCAUUUCUGAUGCUGGUAUUUCAAGGUGGUUUUGUUUUCCCUUUGCAUGAUUUUCCCCACAACUGUGGCAUAACAGGAAUAGGAUUUGGAUACCUGGUAAGGUGAAGCGGUGUCUGUGUGUGCAUGUGAGUUUGUGAGGGAGGAAGAGAAAAAGAAAUGUAUGUGCUGAAGAGUCUUGAAAUUCUCUCAAAUUGCACUGUACAGUGAGUGGGAAAAAGGGACUCUGAUGCAAAUGAAGACAUUCUUGGAGGGGGAAAAUCAAAGCUAAAUGUUUAUAUUGGUUUUUUCUUCAGUCUUUCUACAUCAGAAGAUUGACAUGUGAUCUCCACCCAAUUUCUUUGAACAAAGUAUGGAGGACUGAGCAGUGCAGCGUGUUAUGUGUUCCCAGUCCAGGACUAGACAGAGCCCCAGGAUCUGAUUACCUGUGAAAGAUACAGGAAUCUACUCCUGAACACCAGUUCAGUAUUGGGAAUGAAGGAGCCAGAGGGCUCAGGAAGGAGAGAGGAGGAGAAAACAAGCAGGGUAUGUGCUCAGUCACCACUGAUCAUGAGAAGAAUUUUCUCCUACAUUAAAAAGUAACAGAAUCAUCACAAGUAAAGAUUUCUCCAUCUCUUCUGUGAGCAAAGGCAGUGACCAAAGAAAAAGUCCAGUGUGAAUGGUGUGCUAAGCAUUAACAGUCACUAGGGAAGUCAAGAGGGCUCACAGAUGAUAUAUACAGAUAUGCAAUAAGUAUUUUUGAUGCUUCUCUCCUUGGGCAGGUGAGAACAUGAGGAAACCCUACACAACAGCACCUUACAAAAACUCUGAAGUGCAAACUUUCAGCAGCAACCUUCUGUCAUUACACAAAUUAGGUUCAAAUAUGUUUGCCAACAAAAAUGGAACAAGGAAAUAAUGUAAUCCCAUGAUCUCACAUAUCCUGUGUCAAACUAUUUCUUCAUAGAAGGAGGCUUAAUUUUUGGUAUUUUUUUUCAGGCACCUCAUUCUAGGGUGGCUUUUAGGAGCCAGAAUAUCUUUUCAGGCACAUGGAUAUGGGCAAGGCACCAGUUCCUUCCAUUUACAUCUCCCCACACUGUGACAGGGGUGUCUGCAGGCUCACAGAGUUCAGCUUCUGGCUCACUGCCCCCACCAUCCUUGUAGGAACCACGGGUCUGCUGAGCAUGGGGUCGUUGCUAUUAAGGAGCAGCAGUAUUGCUCUGACAGGUGACAUUUCUGAGGUUAUAUUUAUAUUAGGAUAAGUGUAAUAUUUAUUAGCUACUGUGGGUUGCACAAAACAUUAUUGUGGUGGUUUAUGUUCAGUUUUAUUUUGCAGUCUUUCUAUGCACACAAUAUGGACUUUUCCAAACAAUAAAAUUGCUGAGUCUCAA